GACGUCACAGAACUUGUCAGUCAGUGCUGAUCCUGGCGCACUCUCUCUUUUCUCUUUAUUGUAAUCAGCUGAACGAUGCGAUCGUUUUCAGCCAUCGCCGCCGCCCAUUAGAGACCCCAGCCUGAACCUCCAGCAAAAAAGCUACCCCUGAGAUCUAGCCCACCGUCAGCCGCUCAGGGUCCCCCUUUGGAUGCGUUGAUUGACGACCGAGAGAACAGGGAGAAAUUUUAUACCUCCAUCUUUUUUUAUAUACCGAGAAAGAGAGAGCAAGCUGAGGUUUGCAACCAUGGGAUGUACACUGAGCGCAGAGGAGAGAGCCGCCUUGGAAAGGAGCAAGCAGAUUGAAAAAAACCUCAAGGAAGAUGGACUCAGUGCCGCAAAAGAUGUCAAGCUUCUGCUGCUAGGCGCAGGUGAAUCAGGAAAAAGCACAAUCGUAAAGCAAAUGAAGAUUAUUCAUGAAGAUGGUUUCUCUGGGGAAGAUGUGAAGCAAUACAAGCCUGUGGUUUACAGCAAUACUAUUCAGUCACUUGCAGCCAUUAUCCGUGCCAUGGAUACACUGGGUGUAGAGUACGGAGACAAAGAAAGAAGGGCCGAUGCAAAGAUGGUGUGUGAUGUAGUGAGUCGAAUGGAAGACACUGAGCCUUUCUCCCCGGAACUGCUAUCUGCAAUGAUGAGAAUCUGGUCUGAUUCUGGAAUACAGGAGUGCUUCAACAGAUCCCGUGAAUACCAGCUUAACGACUCUGCCAAAUACUAUCUAGACAGCUUAGAUCGAAUUGGAAAUGUUGACUACCAGCCAACAGAACAAGACAUUCUACGAACCAGAGUCAAAACAACUGGCAUUGUAGAAACUCAUUUUACUUUCAAAAAUCUUCACUUCAGGCUGUUUGAUGUGGGAGGUCAAAGGUCAGAAAGAAAGAAGUGGAUCCAUUGUUUUGAGGAUGUGACAGCAAUUAUUUUUUGUGUGGCAUUGAGUGGUUACGAUCAGGUGCUUCAUGAAGAUGAAACUACGAACCGUAUGCAUGAGUCAAUGAAGCUGUUUGACAGUAUCUGUAACAAUAAAUGGUUCACAGACACCUCCAUCAUCCUGUUUUUAAACAAGAAGGACAUUUUUGAGGAGAAAAUCACAAAAUCUCCGCUGACUAUCUGCUUUCCUGAAUACCCAGGUCCAAGUACAUUCACAGAUGCCAUAGCAUAUAUACAGGCUCAAUAUGAGAGCAAGAACAAGUCUCCAAACAAGGAGAUCUACACACAUGUCACAUGUGCCACUGAUACCAAUAACAUCCAGUUCGUCUUCGAUGCUGUGACAGAUGUCAUCAUUGCCAACAAUCUCCGAGGCUGUGGACUAUAUUGACAUGGGCUUAUCUCGUUAAAAAAACUUAAAUGAGGAAACAUUUCUUAGGCUAUUAGGAUUGUACGUUUAAAUUAAAAACAAAAAUGAAAAUCAUAAAAAUACCCCUAUGAAAUGUGAAGCUACGCGAUUCAGCAUACUCCGAAUGUUGCAGCGCUCUUAUCCUAGUACUCCGUGUUUACUCUUUCUUCAGUAUUUGGUAUCACUGACAAUAAUCAGGCAUACUACUAAUUUAUUUAUUUAUUUAUAUGUAUAAUAGUACAUUUUAUGUGAGACAGUAGUAAAACAUUUUCUACUUUUCUUAUCAUAUAAAGACAUAUGUCUGCAUAUUUUUCUUAAUUUAGACUGCUAACAUACAAUCAACACUGUUCAUAUCUAGAAUGCUAUUUUUAAAAGAUAAACUCUUGUGAUAUGAGUGAUGACUCUCAUCUCACAAUUUUAAAACUAACUGCACUCAUAUAAUUUCACUCCCUUUGUGUGCCAAAGUAGAUAAAAAGAUUAGGAUGCAAUUCCUUUUUCCAAAACCCAAUUACAGUACUCAAAAAUGGAGAAAUUCAAGUACUGUGUUUUGGAAAUGCUACUUUCUUGUUCCAGAGUUGCCUAAUAAUACAAGUAUUAAUGAACAGAAAAUAUUUACCUUUUUCACUGAGUAACAUUGACCUUGAAGAUGAUUAUAAUAAGUUGGGGGACUGCCCCCUACAUGGUGGAGGGGUGGUUGCCCUUGCAUAAAACAAUAGAUAUUGACAAAUGUCCAUUAUUGGUCUUUUGACAGCUACUUUGUACAUUUCCUGCACGAUGUUCACAAGCUAAUUAGGAAACACCACAGGUAAUGGAGUAAUUCUGGAGUGCAAUUAUGUAUAUAAUGUUCAGGUUUUCAAGCUAUAACUUCAUCAGAUAAGCUGCAAUAAAGCAAAUAAAAUGGUUUAGCAAUGAAAUCAACUAUUCAUUCCCAUGUGGAGUAGGUCCCACUCUUAACCACUGGAGCAGCAGACAAUUCUUUUGACAGUGUUUUAAUGGAUAGACAGUUUCAGCAAUACUCUUACCACAUUCUUUCAUAAUAUCAAACAAUAAUCUCACCACAUUCAUUCAUAAUAUCAUGAUGCACAUGUCCCAGAAUGAUUCCGUGCCAUUCCGUGCCAUGAAAACAUCCCACUUCAUUGUAAGUUUAUUUUUCUGCACUGAUAUAAAUCGUAUACGUUUUAGACAUAAUUCUUCUCACUUUACAACCUGCCCUACCCUCAAAAAGAGAUAAUUCUCACAUUGCUUACUAUCCGAAUAACUAUCACAGUUUAGAAGUAGCAUUUUUUUGCCUGAAGCAUAUGUUACUCAUUGUAAAAGAAGAUUAAUAUGCUAAUCUUAUUUGAUGCAGAGAAGUGGCAGUGAUUAAAUGCAUGGUGUUAUAUUUGCAUUUACUUCACAUGCAUUUUAAUUACGCAUACAUUUUGGAUACAAAACUUGAGGAACAUUUGUUCCCCAUACCAAUCUGCCUUCAGUUCACAACAGUAGCUGCACCCAUUUAUUUCCUGCACAAGGCAUACUUUCUUUUAUUCCCAAUUGAGGUAAGGCCAUCAUACAGAUAGCAAUCCAAUUUCUUCAUUUAAGAACUAACCAUCCAUCAUGCAUACAGCUUGUAAUGCACAAGGGUUGGGCAUGCAGUGGUUGUAUGUGAGGGAUGGCACCCCCUGCUGUGAGUGGUACAGCACCUCUGACCCCCCCCCACUGACCACCCAUCCCCCUCAUUGGCAGAUAUUUCCUGUCAUAUUUUUAGUCUACGUCUGUAAUGCUUCAUACAUUUGCAUGCCCCUGAGUCACCCAUCCCAAACUGUGCCCAACAUGUAAUGUGUCAUCUUUCAUCUGCCUCCUGGGGGAGUUCCUCCCAUACUUGUGUUGGGGUGCCUGGGUCAUAAUCAAGACUCCAUCAAUAUUCAGGUGGAAAUGGAUAUACUGCUGUUAUUUCUCAGAAAAGGAAAGAAUAAUACUAUAUAUUGUUUUGCCAGAUGAUAUUACACCAUCAUGUAUCUUAGUUCUUUGCAUUGUAUAUUUACAUAAUCCAGAAUCAGGAACUGCAAUUUCAAAAAGAAGAAAGAAAAAAAAUACCUCAUUGUGGGUAAGUGAAUAAAGUUAGGACUGCAUAAUCUGUCAGUUAUUAGGGUGCACUAUAAGGAAGAUACAGCUUCAGUGCCAGGCUUAAAGCCUCCUGGUCUUUGAGAAACGCUAUUACUAUUAUUGCAUGUUGUAAUAUUCUGUUGCCCCUGUACUUAUCAGUGUUAUUUCCAAAUACCCUUAGUAAGGUUCUUAACUUUCAUGUGAACAAUAAUAUAUUCUGAAGUUGUGGUAAUCAUAGGGUAAUGAACCACUCCUCAUUUCCCAUGUAUAUGUUAAAUUUAAACAGCUGGCUACUGGCUCUUGUAUUGGCUCUGCUUAGUUUAUAUAUUCUAAGUCCAAGUUUUCAUAUAGAAAUGUCUCAUUCAUGGCUUUAUAUGUCCAAGUACAGGUCCCCUCUAAGACAUAUGUAGGAUGCAGAAAACAAAUAUGUCUCCUUUAGUCUAUCAAAGUAGUUUAUGUUUUCCAGACCCUGUAUCUUUUCUGGAAUCUCUGAACUUAAGUUGUCCCACGUGGUUAUUUUUUUAGGCUACCGAAUAUGUCUUUACAUUCUAACAUUUCCUAACUGUAUAUGAUCUACUGGAAAUUCAGUUGAGUAUGAGGUCUGCUAACGGUACAACUGAUAUAUAAUUUUUUACUACCCCAAAUGCAUGUUUGCAGAUAGUACAAGUCUGGCUGAUAGGUCUGUAGCUGUUAUGACCUGAUAUAAUACUUCCUUAUGGAUAUAUACCACUGUAGAAUGAUGCCAAAUUUCUGCAAAGUGUCUUCUUCUAACAAAUUUCUUAGAAAGAAUGUGCAAAGGAUUCAGUAAAUUAUUCUUUAUGUUAUGAUACAAACUAUCAAGAAUGUAUUCCAUUUCCAUGCAGCUAGUGUUUUUAAGUGAAUUUAUUUUUGUUAAUGUAAUUUUCUUCAUAAUGUUAAGGGAUUGCCUUUAGUGAACAGCUUUAUAGUCUUAAUUUUUUUAACGUU